AUGAGUUUGAAGUUUUUAAUUAGGAUAAAAAAACUAUUUGCUAAUAAUCUUAAUAUAAUUUAGAAAAAGUAUAAUUAUAUUAUUUUAUAUUAAUUAAAAUCAUAUAAAAAGAGAAAAUCUUAAACCAGAAAAAUUAUUCCUACUCUAAACAAAAAUUAAAGCAAAUAUGAGGAAAAACAAAAUUUAUUAAAAAAUGAAAGUUAAGAUUCUAAUAGAAUUAUUUAAUGUAAUCCUCAUUAUUUUUAUUAUUUUAAGAAAUAGCUGGGAAUUACAUAAGUUAAAAAAAAUGGUAUUAUUAAAAAGAUUUAUUUCUAAAAGCCUUUUACUUCAUAUUAUAUUAACGAAUAUAUUAAAAAAAGCAUUGUAAAAUAAAAAUAUUUUAUAUUUAAAUAUUACUUAUUUAUAUAAUUUUUUUUUUUAAAAAAUAACUUUUUAAAAAAAUAAAAUAAAAUGAGAGUUAUGCAUUUUUUUAGCAUUUAAUAUCUAAUUUUUUUUACUUAUUUUAAUUGCUAUAUUCUGUAAUAAAAACUUAUAAUAUAAAAUAUAUAAAUAUAAAAUUUAGAAUUAAUUACUUUUAAUGGUAGAGUUGAAGAAAACGAAAAUUAAAACAUAAUUAAAUAGAUUAUUUUUGCUUUUACUGUAAUUUAAUUAAUCAUUUCUAGUUUCGUUUUUAUUUUUUGUGCUGUUGAAAAAUUUGAAAUUUCAAUAAAUUAAUAUUCCAAUACUGAUUCAUUGUAUAAAAUUCAAAAAAUUUAAUAAAGUGCUGGCCUAUUAGUAUAAACUAAAUAUACUUAAAUAAAGAAUUAUUGGCUGUAAUUAUUUGAUAUAUUUAAACCUGAAUAAAUGGAUAAAAAUUCAUGUCUCAUAAAAUAUAUAAAAUAUACCAUUCUUUUAUUAAUAGAUAAGGAUAAUUUUUAUCAUUUAAUUUAUCUUUUAAUCACUAUAGUUGCUUUUAAUAUUUAUGGCCCUAUUGUAUAUGCAUUUUUGCUUCUUGAUAUAGUAAAAAGAAGUUAAAAUUUAAAAAAUAUUAUAAGAUCUAUUACUGAGAAUCUAUACAACAUAUUUAUUUUUGCAUAUUUAGGAUUAAUUAUUAUGUACAUUUACGGAAUAGGUGGAUUUUUGUAUUUUAGAAAAAGCUUUGAAAAUUCAGAAAAAGUUUAUGGAUAAAAUUUUAUUUUAGUAAUAUCUUCUACUAUAAAAGAAGGUUUAAGAAAUGGGGGAGGUAUUUCGGAAGCUAUAUAGGCACAGCCAUAUGAUAAUAAUGGUAGUAAUAGUUUAUAUUGGGCUAGGUAUUUUUAUGAUUUAACUUUUUUCGUUUUUAUUAAUAUGCUUUUUAUAUAAAUAAUCUUUGGUAUUAUACUUGAUACUUUUGCAGAGUUAAGGUAAUAAAAUGAUUAAAUUAUGGAUGCUGUUAAAAAUAAAUGCUAUGUUUGUGGGACUAAAAAAAGUAUUAUUGAUAGUAAAUCAUAAAAAGGAUGGUAUAGUCAUAUUUAUUUAGAACAUAAUGUAUAUCAUUUGUUAUUCUUUAUGAUUUAUGUUUAUAAUAAAGAUGUAACUAAUUGUGAUGCUUUAGAAAAAUAUGUUAAAAAAUGUUUAGAAUAAAAUAAAAUUGAUUUUAUACCUUUAAAUGAAUUCUAAUGA